GUGGAGUUUCAUUAAACCCUGCAAAGGAAAGAAAAAAUUUCGCAUUUAAAAAGAAUUUAAAAUUGAAUUUUAAUCUUCAACGCGUGAUAAAAGAAUCUUUAAACAAAAAUGGAUGAAGAAUAUGAUGCAAUCGUUUUGGGAACAGGGUUGAAGGAGUGCAUUUUGAGUGGAAUGUUAAGCGUAUCUGGUAAAAAGGUACUUCAUAUCGACCGAAACACGUAUUAUGGUGGCGAUACAGCCUCAAUUACUCCUUUGGAGGAACUGUUCUCAAAGUUCAAGCAAGAGAAUCCCGGUGAGAAGUACGGCCGUGGACGUGAUUGGAAUGUCGAUCUUAUUCCCAAAUUCUUGAUGGCCAAUGGAUUGCUUGUAAAGUUAUUGAUUCAUACGGGCGUUACAAGAUACUUGGAGUUUAAAUCUAUUGAAGGAUCUUAUGUCUAUAAGCAAGGAAAAAUUGCGAAAGUUCCAGUCGAUCAAAAAGAAGCUUUAGCUUCGGAUUUAAUGGGCAUGUUUGAAAAACGUCGCUUCCGAAACUUCCUGAUCUAUGUUCAGGACUUUAAAGAAGAUGAUCCAAAAUCGUGGAAAGAUUUUGAUCCGAUGACACAAAACAUGACAACACUGUAUGCAAAGUUUGGAUUGGAUACAAACACUCAAGAUUUUACUGGUCAUGCUUUGGCUUUGCAUCGUGAUGAUGAUUAUCUUGGUGAACCAGCUGUCAAUACAAUUCGUCGUAUUAAAUUGUAUUCUGACUCAUUGGCUCGCUAUGGAAAAUCUCCAUAUCUUUAUCCAAUGUAUGGAUUGGGUGAACUUCCACAAGGCUUUGCUCGUUUGUCAGCUAUUUAUGGUGGAACUUACAUGCUUGAUAAACCUAUCGAUGAGAUUGUCUUUGAAGGUGGACGAGUUGUUGGUGUUCGUUCAGGAGCUGAAGUUGCUAAAUGCAAGCAAGUUUAUUGCGAUCCAUCUUACGUUCCUGAUAAGGUUCGUAAAGUUGGCAAAGUUAUUCGUUGUAUUUGUCUGAUGGAUCAUCCAAUAGCCAACACAAAAGACGCUUUAUCAACGCAAAUUAUCAUUCCACAAAAGCAAGUUGGACGUCGUUCCGACAUUUAUGUCUCGUUGAUCAGCUACACUCAUCAGGUAUCAGCAAAAGGUUGGUUCAUUGGAAUGGUAUCAACAACUGUCGAGACAGAUAAUCCUGAAAAUGAGAUUAAACCAGGCUUGGAUUUGCUUGGAUCUGUUGCACAAAAGUUCGUAUCCAUUUCGGAUUAUUAUGAACCAACAGACAAAGGACUCGAAUCGCAAAUCUUCAUUUCGCAAUCAUAUGAUGCAACGACACAUUUUGAGACAACAUGUUUAGAUGUGUUGGAUAUCUUUAAGCGCGGAACUGGUGAAGAUUUUGACUUCUCUAAAAUAAAACAGGAAUUAGGUGAUGAAGAGCAGUAAGUUUAAAGCCCCCAAAACAUACACACACAACACAAACAUACACACACAUAGAAACAUCUUCUUCUUUUUCUGCGAUCUUUAUAAUCCUAAAAGUGCGCAAUUUUUUUUUCUUGAUGAAAUUUAUAAUAAUCUAUCAUCAAAUUUAUGUAUAAACAAAGAUAUGAGAAAAGAUUUGCAUAAAUAAUAAUUUUAAGCGCCAAUGUUUAACUUCAAGAAUUUUUUUUUUGGAUAAAUUUAUAGCUCUUUAUUAUCUAAUUAUCUACCUAAGUAAAUGAAACAUCGAAGACAUUCAUUCGCUUCCUUUUUUACGUUAUUAUGGCUGUUUGACAGAAAAUAAUAUUUUUUCCUUAAAUUUUCACAUUGAUUACUAACAAAUUGGUAUUGGAGAAGACUUUUGUCUUGAUUCUUUCAUUUUAUGGAUGAUGUAAUGAAAGAUAUUAAUUGUCAAUAUCACGAUCACAUCUUCAUUCGAGGUCAGCAUUAUAUUGGCAAUUAAUAUAAUUUAUUUAAAUCAUCGAUGUCAUAAAAAUUUAGAAUUUCUUUAACAAUAUUCUCCUUUAACUAUUGAAGUAUAAUUUUAUCAACAAUUUAUUUUAUAAAGAAUGUAAAAGAUGGAAAGAAAAACUUAUAUGCGAUAAUAUAAAAGUAUGAUAAUCCCUCUUUUGCCCCAAAAAUAAUAAAAUUAAAAAAUAAAUAAAAAUAAGAAGUAACAAAGUGCACCAAUUUGCACCAAUUUGCAGCUUAACACCAUAAAGCGCGGAAUUAAAAUGAAAUUAUUCAUUGAUGAAAUUAUCCUUGAAUAUAUACAAGACAUUUUAUAAAUGAUGAACGAUUAAUGAUUCCGCUGCCUCAUUCGUUUGAAGAAAAAUAAAAAUGCUUUUUAACGAUUUUGAAAAGCUCAAAGUUGCAAAUAAAUAAUUUAUGAAGAUAUUGUGUAUCCCAAUUUGUCUCCUGAUGAAAUUAAAUACCUUUUUCAAUACAUUUUAUUCAAUAACAUCCAACGUACUUCUAAAAAUUUUAUUAUGCUUGCAGCGCUUUUCCUUUCUUAAAGAGAAGAAAAACUUAUUUCUAAAUAUCAAACUGAAUGAAUAGUUGUGAAUUAAUUUUCAUUUAGAGCGCCGAAUAUCUAAAAUAACUAUCAGACAAGUUCAUUCCAGAUACAUGCAUAUGUAAAGUUGAGAAAUUGAAAAAAGGAGAAUAAAGUAAAAAUUGCUGUUUGUAAUGAGAAAGAAAUAAAUUGAUGAGAAACAUUAAAAAAAAUACAAC